AUGAAGCCUAUGAUGUUUCAUUUCAUGACUUUUCCCUCAUUCAUUCUGAUCCUCCUUUCCUCAAUUCUCCAAUCAUGUCACUGUGUACGAAUCGGUGUAAUAGGCGGGGGAAUCUCUGGUACCUUUGUUUCCAAAUACCUCGUGGAUUUCCUGAACAAUGAUGACGAUUGCUCCUCCUUGCAAGAACUCACCAUUUUUGACCCGAAUCCAAUCGGUGAAUUGACAGACAAGAAGGCAAGCAGCAACAACGAUAAUGAUUGGCAAGGGAGUCGAGUCAGUUCCUAUCGAUUGGACGAUGGUAGAAUCGUGGAGCUUGGUGCCAGCGUUUUGACGGAUCAAUUCAAACUCAUUUUGGAAAUGGCCAAGGAGGCAAACGUUACAGUGGGACCUCCCUUUUUCACUGGUGAGAACGAAACGAAACGUGACGGCAUGGCAAUUUACAAUGGAAACGGAGAGACCAUGUUCAAUACUGCAAACUCUACGAUAUCCACCAUGCGAGCCAUGGCGUGGAGAUACAACAUGGAUCUGCUCAAGCUGUAUCGGAUCACCUCCAAGAUGAUUGAGCGAUUUGAUGCCAUGCAAGAUAUGUUGCUCGAAACUAAAAAGUAUUUCUUUGAAUCACCAAAAGAAAUGUGGGACGAAGCACAUCUAGGACCAUUCGUCGACAUGUCCAUUGCUGACUUGUGCGAUUAUUUGUGGAUUCCACAAGUCUUGCCAUGGUGGCGGAAACUACUACCGGGACAAGGUUCGAUACGAAGUGAACUAUUGGAAUCCAUGUUAUUGGUGAAUUACAAUCAAGGCAAUUCGCAAAUCAAUGCGGUCACUGGACUUGGGUCCUUUUCGGCAUCUUCCCAUUCCAAGAUGCACAGCAUUGUUGGAGGCAACGCUCAGCUCAUUAGCAGCGCCUUUGCGCAAGCCCAAAAGACACAUUCUACAAAGUGUCCAGAUACUCCAGAUGUUGUUGUUUCUCAUUCCCAGCAACGAGUAUCGACGGUUGUCGGGAGCCUGGAUGGUUUCGAAGUCUUUGCGUCCGAUGGCUCGCUGUUGGGUCACUACGAUAUCAUGGUCUUGGCAGCGCCCUUGGCUUUCUCCAAAGUGGAAUUCCUCAUCAACAGUCAAAUUGAUAGUUCGGUAUUGCAACCCAUGCCCAUGGGUGGCCUCGUGGAAAAUCAUGAAGAUACUAGAUAUGGCCAAGAUCACGAAGGUCACAAUCCGUUGCCCCAUCACUUGUCCAAGGCCGCCACUCGGACCUACACACAAGUCGUCACCACGUUGGUCCGUCAUGGAGAACUCCAACAUGAUUACUUUUCCAUUGAUCCAGAUCACAUUCCUCGAGUGAUUGUCUUUACCGAAAAGGGCAAGGCAGCCGAACACAAUAUUACUUCGAUUGCCCAAAUUUCGCCAAAGGAUGGUCUGUACAAGAUUUUCUCAUCCGAACCACUGACACUUGACCUAUUCCAAAAAAUCUUUGGAUCCUCCGUGACAAUCGAAUACGAAAAGAUCUGGGGUGGAGAACAUGGGGGCGCCACACCCGACUAUCAAGGGACCGGCGACUCGACCGAAUUCUUAUUGUACGAUGGUGCGACUGGAUUCUCGGGGCAUACGACUUCCGGAGGUCUGUAUUAUCCAAAUUCGCUCGAAUUGUCCUUUGCUUGUAUCGAAUUGAGUGCCAUGGGAGCAAAGGCAGUGGCGAAAUUGAUUGCCAAACGAUUGGGUUGGGUGGAACCAGAAAAAGUAUCUGAAUUGGGCGAGGAACUGUAA